AUGGCAGCGAAAAAGCUCACACGAUUGAGUGGACGGCUGCUUGAAGGUAGGACACAGACCUGGGCCCAAGUCCGAGAAAAAGGCACGGCUGACGAUGAAAAACUACGCGCGAUAAUGGUGAUGACGAGCUUGUCUGAAAGAAGCACUUCUCAGAACAAGCGACUCCGGCACCUCGGACUCGGAGACAACAAGCAGGAUGCAGAAACCGAAGAAAGACUCGCCGCAGGACUCAUGGGGUCAGAUGAGGAUGUAGAAUGUCCAUAA